AUGCCUCCCAAGGCUGCCCCCAAGGCUGCUGCUGCUUCAACGGCCGCCAGUGAAAGGACAUCGCGAGUCCGCUCCAAAGCCCCUGCCGAAGCCAAAGCGAAGCCAGAGAAGCCCGCGAAAACCGCGAAACCCGCGACUACUGGGAAAACCACCAAGACCACAAAAACCACCAAGACCUCCAAAGCUGUAAAGGCGGAAAAGCCGAAAGCCGAACCAAAGGCCAAGGCGGAAAAGCCAGUCAAGAUGGCAGCCACUGUCAAGUCGAAACCGGCCGCCGCGACAAAUAAGCGCAAAGCCGACGAGGAAGAAGAGAAACCCCGUGAGACUAAACGAACGCGCGUUACGGCGCAACCUCGUAAGCCGAAAGCUCCUCAGCCCCCCAAGGCGAAAGCAGCAAAGGUUGUCAUCAACGAGGCCCCCAAGACAAAGCUCAACGUGUUUGUGUGCGGCGAGGGCAGCUCCGGUGAACUGGGACUGGGAACCGCCAAGAACGUGAUUGAUGUCAAGCGUCCACGCCUGAACAAGCUCCUCUCACCCGAGGAGGUCGGAGUCGUGCAGAUUGCCGUCGGUGGCAUGCACUGCGUCGCCCUGACCCACGAUAACAAGAUCUUCACCUGGGGCGUCAACGACCAAGGCGCGCUUGGAAGAGAUACCAACUGGGAUGGUGGAUACAAAGACAUGGAUGACAACAGCGACUCUGACUCCGAUGACGACGACAGUGGAUUGAACCCCCUGGAGUCCAAUCCUACUUCCAUUCCGAGUGAUGCUUUCCCAGAGGACACUGUGUUCGUCGAGGUCGCUGCCGCCGACAGUUCAAGCUUCGCCCUCACCGAUGAUGGCCUUGUCUACGGAUGGGGUACCUUCCGAAGCAACGAUGGAAUCCUCGGCUUCGACGCCAACAACCUCGUCCAAAAGACCCCGUUGCUUAUUUCCUCACUCAAGAAAAUCAAGCAUCUGACUUGUGGGGCCAACCACGUACUUGCGCUGAAUGAUAAGGGUCGGGUUUACUCGUGGGGUUCUGGACAGCAGAACCAGCUGGGUCGUCGCAUUGUGGAGCGCAACAGAUUGAAUGGUCUGCAGCCCCGAGAGUUCGGUCUUCCCAAGGACAUCGUUUGCAUCGGCAGUGGACAAUACCACUCAUUUGCCGUGCACUCCUCAGGCAAGGUCUAUGCGUGGGGACUGAACAGUUUCGGUGCUACCGCUCUCCGCGAGGGUGCCGGUGAUGACGAAGCUGCCAUUGUGCACCCACUCGUGGUGGAAUCGCUCACCGGCCGGGGUAUCACCCAAAUUGACGGUGGCUCUCACCACUCGAUUGCAGUUGCGCGUGACGGCGAGUGUUUGGUCUGGGGUCGUCUCGACGGCUUCCAGAGCGGUUUGAAGAUUGACACGCUCACGGACGAUGCUGUCAUCAAAGACGAGCGUGAGCGUCCCCGUAUCUUGAUUGCUCCCACCGUCAUUCCGAACUUCAAGGCCAAGGUUGUCUCAGCUGCGUCGGAUCACUGUGUCGCCAUCGAUGUCGACGGCCGUCCUUGGUCGUGGGGAUUCUCUGCUACUUACCAAACCGGACAAGGCACUCAGGAUGACAUUGAAGUAGCCACCGCUAUCGACAACACUGCCACUCGCGGAAAGAAGCUGAACUGGGCUGGUGCUGGUGGUCAAUUCUCCGUGUUCACGGAACCCGCUAGCUUGUGA